AUGGCGCUCGUUUACGAGUUCGUGUGGCGGGUUCUACAUGUCCUUCUCCACAUUCAUAGAACGCUUAUCACUUUGUUCCGAAUCCGCCUUCGGAAUUGGAAUGGGCGGCUAUGGUCACGAGCCUUAACAGCGGUUCUUGUGCCGAUAGCUCUCUCGUUUCCCAAACAGAAAAAUCUCGUUCCAGCACCCGGUAAACGCGUUGGUCGUCGGUAUCGCUGGGGGGCGGAUGGGAAAUCUCUGGAGAAGCUGCCUGACCAUAUCGGCUUGUUGAUAGUGGAAGAGGAGCCGAGAUUCACAGACAUUGCCAACCUUGUCGUGUGGUGCAUGGCAGUCGGCAUAUCUUAUGUCAGUGUGUACGAUAACCACGGUAAGAUAUCAUUUGAUUAUAGAAUGUGUUCAUUAUUUGUAUUACUUAUAAAAAUUCACACCAGGAUGUGCUAAAUACAACGCCAGCAGACAGUCACGUGCCAGCUACCCAUCUGUUUUUGUAAUCAGAUGAAGUAAGUCGUGAAUUUUUCUAUUUUGGUGCUUAAAUAUCUUUGAUAACUUAUACAAAAUAUACAUUCUGAUAGUCAAAUAGCUUCAGAAAUCUAACAGCCCACUUAUGCAAUAUCAGCUUACUAAUGUAUCUUCCCCCUCCCCCCAUUUCAGUGUGAAAGACGAGUAAUACUUCCCUGUAUCAGUAUCCAUUCAGUUUACAGUUUAGUCAUUUAGCAGACGCUCUUAUCCAGAGCGACUUACAGUAGUGAGUGUAUACAUUUUCAUAUUUGUUUGUACUGGUCCCCCGUGGGAAUCGAACCCACAACCCUGGCAUUGCAAGUGCCAUGCUCUACCAACUGAGCCACACGGGACUACACAGAUCAUAUUCCUGGUGCUUACAUUGUCUUUAGGCUCUGCCCUCCUCCCCAAUAUGACAUGUCUUGUCAUUAGAGAAACCUCUGCAGUGCAAAAGCUACUUUAUUGUUAAUUAACUAUCUAACAAUGUUGUAUAACUACAUAGAUGAUUUCAGACAGAGAAGCCUCAAUAGGCUUUCAAGGUUUGCCCAAUGGCUUUUUCAGCUAAUUAAUUAUUUGAGCUUAGAAGGAAUUGUCUUAACUGAAAGGUUACACACAUAGUAUUUCUAUUCCUGUUUCACCACAGCCACUCCUACUGGGUCAUAGGCUAGUUGUUGGAAAAUAUUGUUUAAUCCUUCUUGAUGGCCGUCUCAGUGCUUGGUGGUGUGGUGUUUUUCCUCAAUGUCUGCUGACUUGUCAUCACUCUCUCACUGCCAAUCUGCCAUAUGACACAUUAUUCACCCCUAAUGACUAGCCUUACUAGCUAUAUCAUGAUGUUAAUUUAAGAUCUCUGCUCUAAAAGACAGCAAAUGUUUGUAUUUCUUGUCUUUCAGUUGUUGAGAUUGGGUGUACGUCCCCCAUAUGAUAUAGGCUAUUGGAUUGCUCACAUAUCCCUUUUGGUUCCCAGGUGUGUUCAGGAGGAACAACUCCAGGCUGAUGGAUGAGAUCCUGAAGCAGCAGCAGGAGCUCCUGGGUCUGGAAGGCUCCAAGCAGCACUCUGUAGAGUUCCUCAACAAUGGCACUGACAAACAGGACCAUCAAGGUGAGACAAUUGAACACUGAACACCAGGGGCCGUAUGUAUCAAGCUUCCCAGAUUAGGAGUGCUGGUCUAAAGAACUGAGCCCUAUAUUAAGUACGUGGUUUGAGGAGUUAGCGAGGUAACUUUGGUCAACUCGGGAUAACCGGUACCACGAAAGUAGCUCACCUUUUAGCUAGGUAAAUUUUUAUGCCAACAAAUCCUACAGAAGUAACCUUCUCCCGGGCAGGCUAAGGGGCUUUUCUCAUUGAUGAAAGUUGAAGGAGAGGCAGUGUUAAAGUACAUUAACUUUUCAAUUCACAUUAGCAACGGAACAUCAUGUGCCGCAAGAGGGUUCGGCUCUUGGCAAAGGGCAUUUAGCGUAAAUAUCCCUAUGAAAUAUCCCAGUAUAGCCACUAGCCAGCAUGCUUCAACUAUGCAAGCGACUUUUCCAUUAUAACUAUAUUACACAUUUGAAAAAUGGAACCAAACCACAUUACACUCUUGAAUAAUGCAAAAAUUCACAAACGUACAGACAAUAAAGGAAAAAUGUUUUUGUCUGUAUGCUACACUCAUUACAUUUUAGCCUCAAAAGGACAGUUUUAACACCAUGUCUUCAUCAAGCAACAUUAGCCUAUCAAAAAUGAACGAUUAAGCCUACUACCCCUCUCAUUCACAAACGUGCAUACAAUAAAGGUAAAAUGCAUAGUCACUUUAACUCUACCCACAUGUACAUAUUACCUCAAUUACCUCGACUAGCCGGUGCCCCCGCACAUUGACUCUGUACCGGUACCCCCCUGUAUAGUUAAAUUUAUUAAUUUUUUACUUAACACUUUUAAUUUAUUUUCUUUAAAAAAAAACUGCAUUGUUGGUUAAGGGCUUGUAAGUAAGCGUUUCACUGUAAUGUCUACACCUGUUGUAUUCGGCGCAUGUGACAAAUAACUUUUGACUUGAUAUGAAUAUAGAAAUACAGUAAGCCUACUUUACAACAUUACAAGUCAGGCUUCAUUUUUGUAUCAAUAUCAUGCAAAUCAUUUGGCCUACAUGUGGUAAAAGCAAGUUGCGACUGGGUAUAAAAUAUGUGAAUUCACUGGGGAGUUGCGACAUGCUGUUUUUAUAUGGAAGCCCAUACCCGCCACCCCCAAAAAUAAAUACAUUGAAAUGCCUCAUGAUUUGUGAACUUGUGCACAGUUCAUCUGUGUUUCAGUCUGAUCAACUGCAGCCUAUAACAACUACAGCAGUGGUUCCCAAACUAGGGGUUGCGACUUCAUGUGGGGUCGCCCGAUAUGAAAAUGGGGUCGCGGGAGAAUUUCAAUAAUCCUGGUUUAAAAAAUAUAUAUACAGUACCAGUUAAAAGUUUGGACACACCUACUCAUUCAAGGGUUUUUCUUUAUUUUUACUAUUUUCUACAUUGUAGAAUAAUAGUGAAGACAUCAAAACUAUGAAAUAACACACAUGGAAUCAUGUAGUAACCCAAAAAGUGUUAAACAAAUCAUAUUUGAGAUUCUUCAAAGUAACUACCCUUUGCCUUGAUAACAGCUUUGCACACUCUUGGCAUUCUCUCAACCAGCUUCACCUGGAAUGCUUUUCCGACAGUCCUGAAGGAGUUCCCGCAUAUGCUGAGCACUUGUUGGCUGCUUUUCCUUCACUCUGCGGUCCAACUCAUCCCAAACCAUCUCAAUUGGGUUGAGGUCGGGUGAUUGUGGAGGCCAGGUCAUCUGAUGCAGCACUCCAUCACUCUCCUUCUUGGUCAAAUAGCCCUUACACAGCCUGGAGGUGUGUUGGAACAUUGUCCUGUUGAAAAACAAAUGAUAGUCCCACUAAGUGCAAACCAGAUGGGAUGGCGUAUCGUUGCAGAAUGCUGUGGUAGCCAUGCUGGUUAAGUGUGCCUUGAAUUCUAAAUAAAUCACAGACAGUGUCACCAACAAAGCACCAUCACACCUCCUCCUCCAUGCUUCAUGGUGGGAACCACACAUGCGGAGAUCAUCCGUUCACCUACUCUGCGUCUCACAAAGACACGUCGGUUGGAACCGCAAAUCUCCAAUUUGGACUCCAGACCAAAGGACAGUUUUCCACCGGUCUAUUGUCCAUUGCUCGUGUUUCUUGGCCCAAGCAAGUCUCUUCUUCUUAUUGGUGUCCUUUAGUAGUUUCUUUGCAGCAAUUUUACCAUGAAGGCCUGAUUCACGCAGUCUCCUCUGAACAGUUGAUGUCUGUUACUUGAACUAUGUGAACCAUUUAUUUGGGCUGCAAUCUGAGGUGCAGUUAACUCUAAUGAACGUAUCCUCUGGGUCUUCCUUUCCUGUGGCGGUCCUCAUGAGAGCCAGUUUCAUCAUAGCGCUUGAUGGUUUUUGCAACUGCACUUGAAGAAACUUUCAAACGUUCUCAAUGUUCUGUAUUGUCUGACCUUCAUGUCUUAAAGUAAUGAUGGACUGUUGUUUCUCUUCGCUUAUUUGAGCUGUUCUUGCCAUAAUAUGGACUUGGUCUUUUACCAAAUAGGGCUAUCUUCUGUAUACCCCCUACCUUGUCACAACACAACUGAUUGGCUCAAACGCAUUAAGAAGGAAAGAAAUUCCACAAAUUAACUUUUAAGAAGGCACACCUGUCAAUUGAAAUGCAUUCCAGGUGACUACCUCAGGAAGCUGGUUAGAGAAUGCCAAGAGUGUGCAAAGCUGUCAUCAAGGCAAAGGGUGGCUACUUCUUUGGUUACUACAUGAUUCCAUGUGUGUUAUUUCAUAGUUUUGAUGUCUUCACUAUUAUUCUACAAUGUAGAAAAUAGUAAAAAUAAAUAUAAACUCUUGAAUGAGUAGGUGUUCUAAAACCUUUGACCGGUAGUGUAUAUCUACAGAAAUAAGACAGAUCCUGCUUCUGUUGCCUGUUUGAGUGUUUGUUUUAUAGCCUACUGAUUUCGUGAGCACCAACCACAACAUGUCGGAUAAACAAUUUCACAAGUUUGUCUGUUCGCUAUGCUGUAAUAAAGGCUUUACUUUUUUAUUUAGUUUUAGAAAAGCUUCUCUGGUACUAUUUAGUGUUUACACUGUUCCAAAUUGUCAGAAAUUAUAUUUAUUAUAAUAAUAACCCUCAUUUGUCUUGAUCUUCUUAUUGUUAUUAUUAUUAUAAUAAGCAAUGUCGUUAUCAUUAGUAGGCUUAGUAUAGCAACCUUGUAUAACCACCAUCGAGCUUUAAGCCUAAGAGCGCAUCCUGUUUAGUCUUAAUACCAUAACUUACUUAGGCCUAUAUUUCAAUACUUAUAUAAGCUACAGUACUGUAUCUAUCAAUCAUUCAUUCAUUCAUCGUGUCAUCACACAACAUUUGAGUCAUUCAUGAUUUAAAAUGCAAUCAAGGAUUUUUGUUUUAAAAUAAAAUAAAGCGAACCUUGAAUAAUUAGCGUAAAUAAUAAAUAAACUGUUCCAUUUUGGAAAUUGCAUUCACGAAUGAAUGCAACUGAUUUUAGUCUUUGCUGUAAUAAAGGUGAAGAAAAAUAAAUAAAUUACACACUCUGGCAUGCUUAUAAUUUUUGUGUUUACAUUGUUCCAAACGGUCAGAAAUGAUAUUGUAAUCUAACAGCACCUGUUUGGCACACAUAAUAUGCACACAGCGCUUGCUCCUUACCUUAUUUUUCUUGAUCUCCAGUAUUUUCCACAACUAGGCAACUUUAUUCCAUUCUGACUUUUCCUUUACCACCUGUGCAACCAGUAAACAUUCCCCCGUUUACAGUUUAUUUGUUAAGUCUUCUGCAUCCAUUUUGCUCAUCACAUGCGUUACGGUGUUCGCAAUAACCAAUUUAUUGAUGUGAUUGUGAUAUGCUAUAGGUCAGGCCCUAUUCGUCACGUGCAUGCGAUGCACACGUGUCACGUAAAGAGAGCAAGGGUUGAGGGAAUAGGGAAUGUUUUUCCUAAACAAAUGAAGGAUUUCGGUAACAGAACUUUUCAGUCAUGAAUUGGCUGUAAUUAUGUUGCAGCUUCAGCAACACGGACAGCGCGAUAAACAAUGUUGAUGUUAUGUGGUGGUCGCUGCAGCAGCGAGGAGAGAGACAACGGGUGCUAGUAGGGCUGAACCCAUUUAGUCGACUGGUAGAUUGUUUGGUCGAUAGGCUGUUUUCUUUUUUUUGGGGGGGAGGGGGUAGAUCAGCUUUAAUGUUGCAGAUAGAUUGUAACUUCCAUCAAUGUAAUUGUCUGCAUCACUUCCAAUCCCCCAUAUGUUUUUUUCCCUCGCAAAUAUAUAUAUAUAUAUAUGUGUAUAUAUAUAUGUGUGUAUAUAUAAAUGUGUGUGUAUUAUAUAUGUAUUACAUAUACAUACAUACAUACAUACAUACAUGUGUAUGUAUAUGAAUAUACAAACAUAUACAUACAUACAGUGGGGAGAACAAGUAUUUGAUACACUGCCGAUUUUGCAGGUUUUCCUACUUACAAAGCAUGUAGAGGUCUGUAAUUUUUAUCAUAGGUACACUUCAACUGUGAGAGACGGAAUCUAAAACAAAAAUCCAGAAAAUCACAUUGUAUGAUUUUUAAGUAAUUCAUUUGCAUUUUAUUGCAUGGCAUAAGUAUUUGAUCACCUACCAACCAGUAAGAAUUCCGGCUCUCACAGACGUGUUAGUUUUUCUUUAAGAAGCCCUCCUGUUCUCCACUCAUUACCUGUAUUAACUGCACCUGUUUGAACUCGUUACCUGUAUAAAAGACACCUGUCCACACACUCAAUCAAACAGACUCCAACCUCUCCACAAUGGCCAAGACCAGAGAGCUGUGUAAGGACAUCAGGGAUAAAAUUGUAGACCUGCACAAGGCUGGGAUGGGCUACAGGACAAUAGGCAAGCAGCUUGGUGAGAAGGCAACAACUGUUGGCGCAAUUAUUAGAAAAUAGAAGAAGUUCAAGAUGACGGUCAAUCACCCUCGGUCUGGGGCUCCAUGCAAGAUCUCACCUCGUGGGGCAUCAAUGAUCAUGAGGAAGGUGAGGGAUCAGCCCAGAACUACAUGGCAGGACCUGGUCAAUGACCUGAAGAGAGCUGGGACCACAGUCUGAAAACCAUUAGUAACACACUACGCCGUCAUGGAUUAAAAUCCUGCAGCGCACGCAAGGUCCCCCUGCUCAAGCCAGCGCAUGUCCAGGCCCGUCCGAAGUUUGCCAAUGACCAUCUGGAUGAUCCAGAGGAGGAAUGGGAGAAGGUCAUGUGGUCUGAUGAGACAAAAAUAGAGCUUUUUGGUCUAAACUCCACUCGCCGUGUUUGGAGGAAGAACAAUGAGUACAACCCCAAGAACACCAUCCCAACCGUGAAGCAUGGAGGUGGAAACAUCAUUCUUUGGGGAUGCUUUUCUGCAAAGGGGACAGGACGACUGCACCGUAUUGAGGGGAGGAUGGAUGGGGCCAUGUAUCGCGAGAUCUUGGCCAACAACCUCCUUCCCUCAGUAAGAGCAUUGAAGAAGGGUCGUGGCUGGGUCUUCCAGCAUGACAACGACCCGAAACACACAGCCAGGGCAACUAAGGAGUGGCUCCGUAAGAAGCAUCUCAAGGUCCUGGAGUGGCCUAGCCAGUCUCCAGACCUGAACCCAAUAGAAAGUAUUUGGAGGGAGCUGAAAGUCCGUAUUGCCCAGCGACAGCCCCGAAACCUGAAGGAUCUGGAGAAGAUCUGUAUGGAGGAGUGGGCCAAAAUCCCUGCUGCAGUGUGUGCAAACCUGGUCAAGACCUACAGGAAACGUAUGACCUCUGUAAUUGCAAACAAAGGUUUCUGUACCAAAUAUUAAGUUCUGCUUUUCUGAUGUAUCAAAUACUUAUGUCAUGCAAUAAAAUGCAAAUUAAUUACUUAAAAAUCAUACAAUGUGAUUUUCAGGAUUUUUGUUUUAGAUUCCGUCUCUCACAGUUGAAGUGUACCUAUGAUAAAAUUACAGACCUCUACAUGCUUUGUAAGUAGGAAAACCUGCAAAAUCGGCAGUGUAUCAAAUACUUGUUCUCCCCACUGUAUAUACAGUGAGGGGGAAAAGUAUUUGAUCCCCUGCUGAUUUUUUACGUUUGCCCACUGACAAAGACAUGAUCAGUCUAUAAUUUUAAUGGUAGGUUUAUUUGAAGAACAGUGAGAGACAGAAUAACGACCAAAAAAAUCCAGAAAAACACAUGUCAAAAAUGUUAUGAAUUGAUUUGAAUUUUAAUGAGGGAAAUAAGUAUUUGACCCCUCUGCAAAACAUGACUUAGUACUUGGUGGCAAAACCCUUGUUUGUAAUCAGAGGUCAGACGUUUCUUGUAGUUGGCCACCAGGUUUGCACACAUCUCAGGAGGGAUUUUGUCCCACUCCUCUUUGCAGAUCUUCUCCAAGUCAUUCAGGUUUCGAGGCUGACAUUUGGCAACUCGAACCUUCAGCUCCCUCUACAGAUUUUCUAUGGGAUUAAGGUCUGGAGACUGGCUAGGCCACUCCAGGACCUUAAUGUGCUUCUUCUUGAGCCACUCCUUUGUUGCCUUGGCCGUGUGUUUUGGGUCAUUGUCAUGCUGGAAUACCCAUCCACGACCCAUUUUCAAUGCCCUGGCUAAGGGAAGGUUCUCACCCAAGAUUUGACGGUACAUGGCGCCGUCCAUCGUCCCUUUGAUGCGGUGAAGUUGUCUUGUCCCCUUAGCAGAAAAACACCCCGAAAGCAUAAUGUUUCCACCUCCAUGUUUGACGGUGGGGAUGGUGUUCUUGGGGUCAUAGGCAGCAUUCCUCCUCCUCCAAACACGGCGAGUUGAGUUGAUGCCAAAGAGCUCGAUUUUGGUCUCAUCUGACCACAACACUUUCACCCAGUUCUCCUCUGAAUCAUUCAGAUGUUCAUUGGCAAACUUCAGACGGGCCUGUAUAUGUGCUUUCUUGAGCAGGGGGACCUUGCGGGCGCUGCAGGAUUUCAGUCCUUCACGGCGUAGUGUGUUACCAAUUGUUUUCUUGGUGACUAUGGUCCCAGCUGCCUUGAGAUAAUUGACAAGAUCCUCCCGUGUAGUUCUGGGCUGAUUCCUCACCGUUCUCAUGAUCAUUGCAACUCCACGAGGGGAGAACUUGCAUGGAGCCCCAGGCCGAGGGAGAUUGACAGUUAUUUUGUGUUUCUACCAUUCCCUUCUCACCAAGCUGCUUGGCGAUGGUCUUGUAGCCCAUUCCAGCUUUGUGUAGGUCUACAAUCUUGUCCCUGACAUCCUUGGAGAGCUCUUUGGUCUUGGCCAUGGUGGAGAGUUUGGAAUCUGAUUGAUUGAUUGCUUCUGUGGACAGGUGUCUUUUAUACAGGUAACAAGCUGAGAUUAGGAGCACUCCAUUUAAGAGUGUGCUCCUAAUCUCAGUUUGUUACCUGUAUGAAAGACACCUGGGAGCCAGAAAUCUUUCUGAUUGAGAGGGGGUCAUACUUAUUUCCCUCAUUAAAAUGCAAAUCAAUUCAUAACAUUUUUGACAUGCGUUUUUCUGGAUUUUUUUGUUGUUAUUCUGUCUCACUGUUCAAAUAAACCUACCAUUAAAAUUAUAGACUGGUCAUUUCUUUGUUAGUGGGCAAACGUACAAAAUCAGCAGGGGAUCAAAUACUUUUUUCCCUCACUGUACAUAUCCUUUAAAAAAAUAUAUUUCCCUUUAUUACUUUCCAACCCCACCACCCCUUCCCUAAUUGGAGUAAACUAGUGAACAACAAUGCUUAGGCCUCUACUUCCAGUUUAUACAUACUAUAUACAUUUUAUGGACACAGUCAAUUUUGACAAUAUUUCAAUUUUGUUUGUUUUUACUCCUGAUUCACAAAAUCUCUCAACCUAUAACCUGUAUACUUAUUAUGGACACAAUAUGCUUUACAUUAGUUAUCUUGUUGUUAUUAGUUGUUGUCGGUAGGCUGUUGGUCGACUGAGAUUUUUUUAGUCGAGCAGUGGCAAAUAUAUAUAUAAAAACGAGACUCCUGUCUGAGUGGACUAAUCCAUUGCAGAGAAUUCUUUAAUGCAGGUGAUGGCACACCAGUAUCACCAGUAGUACAUUUACUGUUAAUUCCCAUCAUUUCUAAUCUACAAUGUUCGUUUGGUUACGGUAAUUUCUGUUAAUUAAUUCAUUAAAUAUAUUAUUAUUAAAGUCUUACCGUUGUAAUUGUAGGAGUGGACACGUUGUUUACAGAGCGUACAACCUAGGCUGCACUUGUGAGAAAAAAGUUUUGGUUUAUUUCAUUACUUUUACGAGUUGUCAAUGUUAAUUGUCUUUUUACUUCUUAUCCCUUGCGCAAAUAGCCUACAGCUGUGUCUGUCUGUCCGUAGCUCACUGGCUGGGAAAUAUUUCAUACAAUGUUGCAUGUUUGCUAGCACGAGCUUCCGGGCUGGACCAAGUUAAUACAAUAGUCGAUGCAGCGUUUCAAGUUUGUUGCAGACAGGCAAUGCAUAGCCAAUGUGAUUUAUAGGAUUUCUAUUUUUAUCAGGAUAUUUUCUACCUGUGGGCUGCAUUGUUUUUAUUUUGUUGGCUUUAAGUAGGCUAUUUUUACAUACAGUGGGGAAAAAAAGUAUUUAGUCAGCCAACAAUUGUGCAAGUUCUCCCACUUAAAAAGAUGAGAGAGGCCUGUAAUUUUCAUCAUAGGUACACGUCAACUAUGACAGACAAAUUGAGAAAAAAGAAUCCAGAAAAUCACAUUGUAGGAUUUUUUAUGAAUUUAUUUGCAAAUUAUGGUGGAAAAUAAGUAUUUGGUCAAUAACAAAAGUUUCUCUACUUUGUUAUAUACCCCUUGUUGGCAAUGACACAGGUCAAACGUUUUCUGUAAGUCUUCACAAGGUUUUCACACACUGUUGCUGGUAUUUUGGCCCAUUCCUCCAUGCAGAUCUCCUCUAGAGCAGUGAUGUUUUGGGGCUGUCGCUGGGCAACACGGACUUUCAACUCCCUCCAAAGAUUUUCUAUGGGGUUGAGAUCUGGAGACUGGCUAGGCCACUCCAGGACCUUGAAAUGCUUCUUACGAAGCCACUCCUUCGUUGCCCGGGAGGUGUGUUUGGGAUCAUUGUCAUGCUAAAAGACCCAGCCACGUUUCAUCUUCAAUGCCCUUGCUGAUGGAAGGAGGUUUUCACUCAAAAUCUCACGAUACAUGGCCCCAUUCAUUCUUUCCUUUACACGGAUCAGUCGUCCUGGUCCCUUUGCAGAAAAACAGCCCCAAAGCAUGAAGUUUCCACCCCCAUGCUUCACAGUAGGUAUGGUGUUCUUUGGAUGCAACUCAGCAUUCUUUGUCCUCCAAACACGAUGAGUUGAGUUUUUACCAAAAAGUUAUAUUUUGGUUUCAUCUGACCAUAUGACAUUCUCCCAAUCCUCUUCUGGAUCAUCCAAAUGCACUCUAGCAAACUUCAGACGGGCCUGGACAUGUACUGGCUUAAGCAGGGGGACACGUCUGGCAAUGCAGGAUUUGAGUCCCUGGCGGAGUAGUGUGUUACUGAUGGUAGGCUUUGUUACUUUGGUCCCAGCUCUCUGCAGGUCAUUCACUAGGUCCCCCCGUGUGGUUCUGGGAUUUUUGCUCACCGUUCUUGUGAUCAUUUUGACCCCACGGGGUGAGAUCUUGCGUGGAGCCCCAGAUCGAGGGAGAUUAUUAGUGGUCUUGUAUGUCUUCCAUUUCCUAAUAAUUGCUCCCACAGUUGAUUUCUUCAAACCAAGCUGCUUACCUAUUGCAGAUUCAGUCUUCCCAGCCUGGUGCAGGUCUACAAUUUUGUUUCUGGUGUCCUUUGACAGCUCUUUGGUCUUGACCAUAGUGGAGUUUGGAGUGUGACUGUUUGAGGUUGUGGACAGGUGUCUUUUAUUUACAUUUACAUUUUAGUCAUUUAGCAGACGCUCUUAUCCAGUGCGACUUACAGUUAGUGAAUACAUAUUUUUUUUAUACUGGCCCCCCGUGGGAAUCGAACCCACAACCCUGGCGUUGCAAACGCCAUGCUCUAUCAACUGAGCUACAUCCCUGCCGGCCAUUCCCUCCCCUACCCUGGACGACGCUGGGCCAAUUGUGCACCGCCCAUGAGUCUCCCAGUCGCGGCCGGCUGCGACAGAGCCUGGAUUCGAACCAGGAUCUAGUGGCACAGUUAGCACUGUGAUGCAGUGCCUUAGACCACUGCAUCACAGUUAACAAGUUCAAACAGGUGCCAUUAAUACAGGUAACGAGUGGAGGACAGAGGAGCCUCUUAAAGAAGAAGUUACAGGUCUGUGAGAGCCAGAAAUCUUGCUUGUUUGUAGGUGACCAAAUACUUAUUUUCCACCAUGAUUUGCAAAUAAAUUCAUUAAAAAUCCUACAAUGUGAUUUUCUGGAUUUUUUUAUUCUCAAUUUGUCUGUCAUAGUUGACGUGUACCUAUGAUGAAAAUGACAGGCCUCUCUCAUCUUUUUAAGUGGGAGAACUUGCACAAUUGGUGGCUGACUAAAUACUUUUUUGCCCCACUGUAUUGGCAAUGGCAAUAGAAGUUAUUUUUAGAUUUGUGUCAUUUUCAUUUAGAUCGAAUUUUGAUUAACCACAUGACAUUGAUUUUGAGAUAUGAAGACUAUAUUAUAAAUUAAAUUAAACUGUUCCACGUUUAAUGUGCAUAAGAAAAUCAUAACUGGGACGCAGAUCAGUAGAAACGGUACAAUAACUUGGCACUCCAAAUGCAAAAGGUUGCUGACCGCUGGUGUAGCCUAUUACCGGCAACUUCAGGAGCAUAAUGGCAGAAUCUGCGAAGGCCAGCAGCAGCGGGAGGAGGGUCGGGAACAGGUUUUUGUUCUUCUGGUUAGGCUAUAUUGAUCUCUGGCUCGCUCUCUCUUUAGUCAUUUGUGUGCCUUCAUUUUUAAUCGCAGUGCUUAAAGCAUCAGACAAGCUCAGUAGCCUACAUAUAGUUGAUUCAAACAUAGGGUGUGUCUAUAAAUAUAAAAAUACAAGUGAGAAAAUGUCGACCUAUCGAUUGGUCGAAAGAACAGACGACUCUCGGUCGACCAAGAUUGUUUUUAGUUGUGGACAGCCCUAGGUGCUAUUGUCACAGUCACUCGCUGUCAUUUUUUUCUAACAGCGCAGCAAGUCUGAGCCUGGCCCGGCAAAAUCUGAUCAAUUAUGGUCGGACUCCCUCUAGUAAUUUGUGUGUCUUAAUUAUUUCAUCAAACAGUGCGCUUAAACCAUCAGACAAGCUCACUGCAUGUAGUUGAUUUGAUUAAAACUCAUAGGAUGUGUCAAUAUAUGGAAAAAUACAUGUUUUAACAUUUUGACCAAUCGAUUGGUUCGAAAGAACAGACGACUCUCGGUCGACAAAGAUUUUUUUUUGUCGGGGACAGCCCUAAUGUCUAUACAGUUCAGCUGUUUCAGAAUUAUUGCUCAGCUAUUACCAUUUAUACUGUAGGAGUGUUGGGCUGAACGAGACAAAUCUGUUCACACUACCCUGCUCUGAGGGGGUGCAACUGUCGGUCGAGUGUCGCACUCUACCUCUGGAGGUAGCAGUAGAGACGUAGCAAGUUCAUAUUGUAUAAAAAUAUAUAGCUGAGGGUAUUCUCUCGAAGCCUUUAGAGCAGGGAUCAUCAACUAGCAGCGGGCCGUUUUUUUUCUUGAGCGGAUGGUCGGGGGGCCGGAACAUAAUUAGAAAUAAUUUGUAGACUGCAAAUUGACAGCAAGAAUCCCAAACAGAUAUAAUAUUUGACUAAAACAUAAUCAUUUCAAACCUUGGAAACGAUCAUGUCUCUCUCUUGUGUGUGGGAAUACUUGGGAACAGAUUUCCAAAAUGUAAAUAACUUGGAGCUGAUUUCCUGUUUUUUAGUCUUAUGUCCAACCAUGAAAAACAAAAUGUGCUGAAAACAGGAGGGGCCAAAUAAAACCGCCGUGGGCCGCCAGUUGGGGAACCCUGCUCUACAGAAUCUAUCAUAGUGUGAAAAGGGUCUAACUUAGGGCUAACUCCAUUUUAAGUGUCUGAGCCACGAGUUGACCAAUGAAAUCAGAUUCCCUACCUUUCGCAAAGAUUGCAUCAUCAUCCCCUUCAUUUGAGGAAGACUACUGAUUCAAUAUUUUUAUUAGGCUAAUCAAAUGUUUUUUUGUUUGUUAAACAGUCAUUUUAAAAUUCCUAUCACAUUACACGUUUAGUAAUGACAGAAUGCAUUUGAAACUUCACGCACACCAAAACUUGUGUAUGACUUUAUUUUGGAAAAUGUUAAUUUAUUGAUAGGAGUGUGGGUGGGGGGGGGGGGGUGCUUGUGCAUUGAUAAGCACACAGACUGCAUUAACGAUAACUAAUAAUAUAAGGACAUCACUUCAACAAGCCUAUUUCACACCAUAGCCUGAAAAGCUGGAAGGGCUACAACAGAGAAGCAUUCAGAACUCUCCUAUGUGUAGUCUAUUUGGUUGUUAAUUACCAUUUAUGAAGAAAUCAUUCAAUUCUAUUGGAUAUUACACAAACACUUUGAGGCUUCAUUGGAGUGCAAUAUUCACAAUUCAUCACUUAUUGAAUGAAGUUUGAAACUCAUUAUGAAGAUUAUAGUUUAUUAUUAUUUUUAGAUGGAUUCCAGUUCCACCAGGCUUUUGUUUAUAGCUUCUGUGGCGUGUGUUUUAUUAAAGGGCAUGUGGACUGCAGCCAGGCUGUAUGGGCUGAUUUUAAGAUUUAUUGUGUAGUUUUACUCGCCAUCUGCUCUUGGCACCACCUUUAUCCCCAGAGCAAGUCAAUCUGUUAUGACAUACAGUCACACUUACACCAUAUGGAGAACACAACACAGAAGAAUUCUCUUCACCAAGGAAAUUGGGCAGCAGGUAGCCUAGCAAACCGAAAAGUUCUCAGACUAGCUGAAAAAUCUGUCUGUGCCCUUGAGCAAGACACUUAACCCUAUGGAUAAGAGCGUCUGCUAAAUGACUCAAAUGUAAAAAAUAAAUUCCUGUUCACAGAGACCCUAUAAUUCACUAAUAUAACUUAUGAAUGAUAUGAUCCUGUUCUUCAUUGUUUUCUAAUCCAAAAAACACCUGUUUUAUGAAUGCGAUAUUCAAGCGCAACAGCAGGAUUGUGAAGCAGGAUUUCCAAGUUCCCACCUGCUGACCUUUAGUCAAAAAGAAACCUGACACGUUUACCAAUGAUUGGUGUUAUUACUGUGGUUGUGUGUGUGCCUGAGUACCGGUAUUUGUGUUUGUGGUCUUAUUAUGACCGUAUUCCUGUGUGUGUCCACAGUGCUGUCGUGUCAGUCGGUGGUGAAUGUGCUGUCUCCCGACGAUGGGAAGCUGAGGAUCGUCCAGGCAGCACAGCAGCUGUGUAGAGCUGUGGAACAGAUGGAGAAGACAUCCAAAGACAUCAACGUCACUGUGCUUGACUCUCUACUCAGAGGUGAGGAGGAGGUCCCUGCUCCAUGAUCAGGAGGAGGACAGGACAUUGGUUGUCACUGUUGUCCUUAGUGCUGUUAUUUAUUGGCGGUGGGCAAUACCUUUUAUUUAAUUGUUUUAUCUUAUCAGGAUAAACCACACAGACAUUAUAUUGAUCAUAUCCGUAUUACAAGCUGGAGUAAAGUCAGUGAAGUCUAGCUCACCAGCUCUCCUUUGGCAUGAUGUUCAGAGUAGCCAUUUCACUCUAUUUGAAGCUCAGCAAGGAUGGAGGAAAGGGAUUGAGUAAAGGUCAAGGAGCCCCCUGUUAGACUAGCUCCAACAGUGUUUGAUCAAAAUAUGAAGUUAACAUGAAGCACUGGGAGUCUGUGCCAGAGAGAGCUCUUCUCUCAAAGUGGGUUAUUUUCCCUGAGCCCUCUGCCCACCCCGGCUCUGCCCAUCGUUAGUCCCUGGCUAAGACUAAUCACCCUCACCAGCUCUAAAUCUCGUCACGAGUACUUCAGUGGAACAUAUCCAUUUGCACUCGCUCAGUAGAAGGUGAUGGAUGAGACCCAAGGCAGGAGUAUGAACAAACUAAUGAGAAAGAAUAUGAACUACAGAGGAUAGCAGAGUUCACUUCAGUGCAGUUAAGUCCAGUCCAGUGUACAGUGAAGUUAUGGUUUGUUUCCCUCUCAAGCCCAGUAAGUGCAGCUGUUCUUCAGUACAGUCAGAUGUCAGAGACCCUCUCUCUACAGCUGUCAGGAUCCAGGGGGGCACAGUGAAAGGGACUCUCUAAUCAUCUCACUAUCUAAGGGGCUUGGCAAGCUGCUGCUGUAGUUCUGUAAGGCUGCGUUUACACAGGCACCACAAUUCUGAUUUUUGGCCAAACUAUUGGCAGAAGAUCUGAUCUGAUUGAUCAAAAGACCAAUUAGUGACAAAAAGAUCAGAAUUGGGCUGCUUGUGUAAAUGCAGCCUAACAUUCAAGAAAUUGAACUGUCAUUUCAGAUAGCUAGUUUCUCUCAAUCUUUUCAACAGUCCUUAUGAAAACCAACCUCCUAAAUAUGUCAACAACAAAAAAUAAGCCUGAUCUCUUUUAUAUCUCUCAGAUAUAGGACAGACACUUCAAUAAUAAAGUUCCUUUUAGAUUUUUUUUUACUAUCUGUUUUUCCAUGUAUGAAUCAGUUAUUCAAUUUUUCAAUGGGAUAAUAGCAGUAAGUGUUUGUAAUAAAUUCAGUGUUUGAUCUAAUAAUUGUUUUGUAUUUUUUUUAAAGGUUCUGUUAAUAUUUUUUUUACCCAUCUACACACAAUACCCCAUAAUGACAAAGUGAAAACAUGUUUUUAGAAAUGUUAGCAAAUUUAUAUAUUUUUUGUUAUACAGAAAUACUGUCUCAUUUACAUAAGUAUUCACACCCCUGAGUCAGUAGAAGCACCGUUGGCAGUGAUUACAGCUGUGAGUCUUUCUUGGUAAGUGUCUAAGAGCUUUCCACACCAAAAUUCUUCAACUCUGUCAAAUUUGUUGUUGAUCAUUGCUAGACAACCAUUUUUAGGUCUUGCCUUAGAUUUUCAAGUAGAUUUAAGUCAAAACUGUAACUCGGCCACUCAGGAACAUUCACUGUCUUCUUGGUAAGCAACUCCAGUGUAGAUUUGGCCAUGUGUUUUAGGUUUUUGUCCUGCUGAAAGGUGAAUUCAUCUCCCAGUGUCUGGUGGAAAUUGUUUUACUCCUGAACUUAUUUAGGCUUGACAUAACAAAGGGGUUGAAUACUUAUUGACUCAAGACAUUUCAGCUUUUCAUUUGUAAAUAAUUUGGGAACAUUUGGAAAAACAUAAUUCCACUUUGACAUUAUGGGGUAUUAUGUGUAUGUAUGCCAGUGACCAAAACAUCUAAAUGUAUCAGUUUUUAAAUUCAGGCUGUAACACAACAAAAUGUGGAAAAAGUGAAUACUUUCUGAAGGCACUGUAUACUUCCAUUCAUUUUUUAAAACUGGUACCGGGCUGUCUUCAGGCAAGUCUUGGGGGCGUCCUAGAGCAAAACAAUCGACAUGCUCGUGAGAGGCCAAACCGUUCGGAAGCUACAGACAGAAGUUGGCAGAUCGGUGGUAUCGACUUCAGAUGAGUCCCGUGACGCUUGUGGGGGUCUUAGAGCAAAACAACUGACAUGUUCGUGAGUCAUCUUUCCAUAGAGUUUGUAGGCCAAACCGUUCGGACGCUACAGACGUUUUCGGAAGAAGACAGAUUUUUCGGGAUGUCUCAUGGUCUGACAAACACCGCUGUAGCUCAGCCACCUUCCGCCGCAGAUGCGGAAUGCCGCCAUUGGCAGAUGCGGUGGAUUGAGACGCAGCCCAUGCAAAAACAAUCUAUCUAGCUUAAACAGGUGGAUUUUUAUGGGGAUUUUGUUUAUUAUGCUAAUUUGAUUUCCGCAGGGCCGCAGAAAUUGACUCAAGGGUUAAAUGCUCCGCAGAGGCCACUUUGUGAGAUAUCCAUUGAUUGUGUUUUUCAUUUACCUCUGUCCAUGCUCUCUCUGUUUGUGCAGAGUCGAAGAGUACACCAGAUCCAGACCUGGUUCUGAAGUUCGGCCCAGUAGAAAGCACCCUGGGGUUCCUGCCUUGGCACAUCAGACUGACAGAGUUCAUGUAAGUAUUGCGUGUGUGUAUUAGAUGAGGCUGCCUUACUCAUGUGUAGAAGACUGCUUGGAGAGCUGCUGCUCUGUAGAGCUGGACAGGAAUGACAGAGGUUCUUCUCUUAAUCCUGUCCGAUUUAUAGCCACUCUCUCUCUGUGUGUGUGUGUGUGUGUGUGUGUGUGUGUGUGUGUGUGGGAGACAGAGAAAGUGUGUGCGUACCUAUGCUUUACCUCCUGAGUAGAAUUGAUAUGGGCCUGUUUUCAUCUGUGGAAAUUAACUGGUAAACCUGUCUCUGCUGCCUCACUUAUCUUCUGGCUUGACCGAUUUGCAACACUUUAAAAAAUGCUGCUGUGUAACCAAGUAGAAGUAGUAGUGCUAUUUUAAAGAUAAUGGAAAUACAUAGAGAAAAUGUUGCAGUUCAGCCUACAUAAGAUAUGCAAUUAGACUUUACCAAAUGAUGAUGCAUCACUAACAAUUACAUAAAUCCUAUUUUUAGACAUGUGUCAUUGUUUGGCAGUCAUGAAGUUCAGUCAGAAUGGCCCACAUUAUUGUAUGUAAUCAGUGUUUACAAAGCAACAUUUUAUUUGACAUAUACUGUAUUUGGAAGGACUGUUUAGACUUACCUCUACCAAACACUAGAUGGCGGUAUAGUACUGGAACUGCUUUGACUGUAGCUCAAGCAGCAGCUUUCGGUCAUUUUUAGACAGCCAUCGUAAAGUACAUAAUUGUAUUUGCAGGGAGCCUUUUUACAAAUGUAACAUGACAUUUCUGUUGAUCCCUUAUUGCUUGGUAUCUAUUUUAACAACAUUAUUUAGCAGAUAAACUACAGCCAUCUGAAGUAGGCUAGAGGUGUCUCUCUAGUAUAUGUCUCUAACAUCCUCCCUCUCUCCUGCAGCUCCUUACCCUCCCAUGUGGAUGUCUCCUAUGAGGACUUAUUCAGUGCCCUUCAGCACUACGCCUCCUGUGAGCAGCGGCUGGGG